AUGGGAAAUACCGGCAAUCCCGCUAAUUCGUCUUGUCGCUUCUCGACGCGCAUCUCCUUACGAUGGCUCCCGGAGCCUGCGCACGAGACGACCGAUACUGUCGUCAUGUCCGUCAAGGACUGGUACCUUGAUCUGCGAAUGGAUGAGCAAAUGGGUGAAAUUGACUGGGCUAUUGCCGGCCAACGACUUAUUGAAAGCCAAGAACCUCUACGCGUAUCUUUCACUCACGAACUUGACUCCCACGACGCCUUUGAAAGUGUUGACUGCGGUACAUUUGUCAUACUCCCAAACGGUGACGACCUCGAGACAGGGUCCAUGCCCCGUCCUGAUCUCCCCGGUGCACCAGAGACAGAGUACGAAGAGGUCUGGCGCGAGCUUCCAUUCAAGGAAGGUCCCGAAGGGCCUGGGAAAGGGAUGUCAUGGGUCCUGGAGUCGGAUGAUGGUGAACCAGAAGGAGAGGGCGAAUUUACCGUGGUCAAGACGUUUCUAGGCCGAAUUUGGGGGACAUAUUUGGCACUUGAGCAGACCCAGACUCAUAUCCGAACGAGGAGUCCCUCUGGAGAUUUGGUUGUGAGGAAGACGGGAGCUGAUGUUAGUGCCAGGAGGGAGGAAUGGAGCUCAGCUUGGGAGAAUCGGUAUGUGGUUGGGGUGAACGGAGAGAAGCUACCUUCUAUUGGGAAUGGGUUUGAAGGGGAAGGGCAAGGGUAUUGGAGAGUAUCUGGGGAGAGGGUAAGUGUUCGUGGGAGGACGUUUAUUGUUCGAGCGUUUGAGGAGAUUUAG